AUGGAACAGCAUUGGGUUAAUAAUUUGGACAUUUCGACUGAUAUGUUAACAAACAAAGAGGAAAUCUUCCUUCCAAUAAUAGCCGAGAGAACAUUUGAAAAAAUAAAUGUAGAAUCAAAUUAUCAAUUUGGUCAUUUUUUAUCUGAAGGGAGUAAUGCUAAACAGACCAAAGUUCAUGCCGCAGAAUCCACUGAGCAAAAUCAAGAACUUAUAAUUCCUAAUGGCUUUUUUACUAAUAAUAAUACUGAGUGGAAUAAUACCGAGUGGAGAGAGCCAGAUGAAGAAAAUAAAGAGAAUGAAGGUAUUGAUAAAUUUGCAUUUAAUUAUAUCUUAGAAGAAAUUAAAGCAGAUUAUCAAAAUAGUGGUUCACAAUUACGCACUGCACUAGAUAAGUUUGCAGAGCAUUAUAAUGCUGCUAAUCUAAAUUUAUACCAAGAUCCAAUAGCUCGUGUUAAGAGUGGAUCCAUGAUUCGUGUUCAAGUUGAAUCAAUUAAAAGACGAAAAUCAGAGACAUCUGGUGGUGGAAAGCGAAAACUAUCUGCUACUAUCAGUAAAGGAAAGGAAAUUUUGGAACCUCAGGUCAAGUAA